AUGAAUCUGCAUCCUCUCGCAGGCCUUUCUCCAGACGAGAUCAAAGUCGCUCGCGAUGUUGUCGUCGCUUCGCAUCUCGAUACCAUUAUUUACUUCCGUGAAAUCUACCUCUCAGAGCCCCCAAAGGCCCAUCUCACGGAGUUCCUGGAACUCGAACACUCUGGCCGAUUGAGUCCGACAACACCACGGCCCUCUCGACUGGCCCUAUGCCAAUACGAUGUGGUUGGCCGAGAGAAAUCCACUGAAUACCACGAGUCUGUUGUCGAUAUUCGACUACGAAGGCGGGUAAAGCAUCAGGUUGUGGAUAAGAAGUUCCAUGCUGCACUGACGGUAAAUGAAUUCGAUGUCUUCGUCGACCGUUGCAAGGCAUCUCCUCUCUUUCAAAAGGCGCUGGCAGACUUUGAUCUCCCUAAGGGUUUCGAUAUAGUUAUCGAGCCCUGGCCAUACGGUGGGCUGGAUCUCUCCGAUGACAACCGUCGAUACAUGCAAGGCCUGAUCUUCGCUCAAGACAAGACGAAAAAUAAUGAAGACGCAAACUUCUACUCUUAUCCGCUGCCUGUAAUCCCAGUCAUGGACUGCGCGACAGAAGCGAUCGUUCGAGUGGACCGUCCGGCCACUGGAGGCAAGGGGGAUGGACUUUACGGCCAGACCUUUAGCCGCGACAUCAUCGGCCACGCCAACGCAUCAGAAUAUGUCCCUGAACUGUUGCCAGGGGGGCCGCGAAAGGAUCUGAAGCCACUGAACGUGGUUCAGCCGGAUGGCCCCUCGUUUCGCGUCACGAAUGAGUCCCUGGUUGAAUGGCAGAAAUGGCGUUUCCGCGUAGGCUUCAACCCGCGUGAGGGUGCGACAAUCCACGAUGUAUGGUAUGACGGACGGAGUGUGCUGUAUCGGCUGGCUAUUAGCGAGAUGACCGUUCCCUAUGCCGACCCUCGACCUCCAUACCACCGCAAACAGGCCUUCGACUUUGGUGACGGUGGUGGUGGUAACACAGCCAAUAACUUGUCCAUUGGCUGCGAUUGCCUUGGGGUGAUCAAGUACUUCGAUGCCUUGCUUACAGAGACCGACGGUAGCACAACGAAAUUGCCCAAUGCAAUCUGCCUGCACGAACAGGACAAUGGUAUCGGCUGGAAGCACAGCAAUUGGCGUACCGACCGGGCCGUCGUCACGCGCAGUCGUGAGCUGGUGGUGCAGUUUAUCAUCACGCUCGCCAACUAUGAGUACAUCUUCGCCUAUAAAUUUGACCAGGCCGGCGCUAUCACUGUCGAGUCGCGUGCGACGGGCAUUCUUAACGUCGUCAACAUUGACCCCUGCAAGACCAGCGAGUACGGCAACGUUGUUAGUGGAGGGGUUCUUGCCCAGAAUCACCAGCAUAUUUUCUGCGUGCGCAUCGACCCUGCUAUUGACGGACACGAUAAUUCCGUCGUUGUGGAGGAGUCUCACCCGAUGCCUAUGAAUGAGGCCACCAAUCCCAACGGUAACCUCUACCGAGUUAUCGACUACACCGUGGACCGGGCCGGCUGGUUGGACGCAGCCCCGGAUCUAAACCGCGUGGUCAAGAUGACCAACCCGCACCGGACGAAUCCAGUUAGCGGCAAACCAGUUGCGUACAAAUUCACACCCUUGGCCACGCAGAGAUUGCUUGCGGAUCCGAACUCGGUGCAAGCAAGACGGGCGCGGUUUGCUCAGCAUCACGUCUGGGUGACCAAGUACCGGGACGGCGAAUUGUACGCUGGCGGGAACUACACCUUGCAGAGCCAGCUGGAGAUCGGCGGCGUCUCAGACGCCGUCAAACGAGGAGAUCGCGUCGCUGACACGGAUGUGGUGGUUUGGAACUCAUUUGGGUUGACACAUAACCCGCGUGUGGAAGAUUGGCCGGUGAUGCCUGUGGAUAUUUACCAGCUCAACAUCCGGCCCUCGGACUUUUUUACGGCGAAUCCUUCCUUGGAUGUACCGUCGAGCCGGAACGCAUCGUCGCGUGUGGUACAGUCAGAUUGCUGCCGGGACGCACAUAUCUGA